UAACCUCAAAAUAGUACAUAAUUUCUAAAGAGUUGCAACAGUUUUGUUAAAGUAGUAUUUUAAUUCCUAUUAUUGAAUGUUAUCAAAUGUAUUCGCAGUUCAUAUUAUUUGUAUAAAACAUAUAUUUUAAGUUUCUAUUGAAUCAAUAGGUACAUGAAGAACACAGAUUAUACUAAUCGUCGAUAUUUUCACGUAAAUCUUUAUUAAGAAAACUCGUUAUUACUUUUACAAAGAGUAUUUAUUGACCUUAAUUAAGGUUGACAAUCCAAUAAUGAAUAUGACCAAGAAAAUCAAUGUCAAUUUUUCAUCCUUGGUUGGUUUGAAAGCAGAGCUGUUGAGGAAACAAGCCGAAGUAAAUGAGGCAAAAUUAAAAGCAGAGUCCACCAAUGUGCAACCACAGCUGAAUAAAAAAAGGAAUAAGAAAAUUGUUGCGGAGGAUGUGGAAAAAAAUCCUAAAGAACUGAUAGAUACAGAGGACAUUAUUGCCCAUAAAAAAUCAAAACUGAUGUUGGAAGCUAAAACAAGAUUGUAUGAGAGAUUACAGAAAUCCAAAAAUAAUAAUGACAAAUUUCUUGUUGAUUUUAAGAACAAAUUGGAUGAACCUGAAGAAUUUGUUGAUGAAGAGAUUAAUGAACAACAUCCAAUAGAGCCGGAAGAAGGUUGGGUCGAGUAUCAAGAUUGUUUUGGAAGGACCAGAAAAUGUCUGCGGGAAGAUUUGCCGCAUAUGCAAAAGAAAGAUGACUUAAUAAAACAAGAAAUAAUGAAGAAAAAUGCCAAUGAAGGCGAACAAGAAGAAAACAAGGAACAAUAUCCUAUCCAAGAAAAAGAACCUGAGAUAGAAAUUAUGAGGAGGAAAUGGGAAGAACAAACACAAAAGCUUGCAGAUAAAGUUGAUAUACAUUAUCAAGAUAUAUUGUUUGACGAAGCGCGAACGCAUGGUGUUGGUUACUAUGCAUUUUCUCAAGAUGAGGAGCAGAGAGUGAAGCAACAAGAGAAUCUAGCAAAUUUAAGGAAGGAAACAGAGAGAAGACAGAAAGAAAUGAAAGAGAUUAAGGAAUUGAAAGAGAGAAUGGAACAAAAUAGAUUAAAGGCGGCAAGAAUUAGACAGCGGAUCAGAGCAGGCUUGCCAGCGGAACCUACAGAAGAGGAAUUGGUAUUAGAAAACAAGUUAAUUAAUUCUACCGAUAAUGAAGCUAACAAAGAUAAUAAUAAAUCUAUUGAAAAUGAUAAUGGAAAUCCUAAUGUGGAAACUGAUCAUAAAUCUGCAAACAUCGUGGGAACUGAAACCACGCACCAGGAAGAAAAGAAUAAUGAUGAAGAUAAAAUAAAAGCCUUUGGAGAACUAUUGGGUAAAAAGAAUCAUUGGCAUGUAAUGUCACAAGAAGAAUGGGUACAUAAAUGUAGAGAACAAAGAAUUGGUGAAUUUGGACCCGUUUAUGAUAAUUUUACAAGUGCUGGAUUUUACAAUUCUAAAAAUAUUGAUGAGCAAUUAAUUCAUGAUAAACAGCUUGAUAAAACAGAAAAUUGUGAAUCUCAAGAACCCAUUGCAAAAUCUAAUAUCAGUUUGCAAAGUUAUGAAGAUAGUAAUGAGUCUAGCAAUGAAAUAAUCUCCAUUGCAAAAAAUGUUGAUAGUCAAAAUGAUAAAAGCAAUUUAGUAGAAUAUAAUAGUACAAUAAAUAAGAGUAACGUUGGAUACGAGUUGCCUAAAUAUACAACAGAAUCGGUGUUGAACCCUGUUACAAGUUUAUCUAAUUUAUUGCCUUCUCAGAGACAAACUGUUUCAUAUCCAUUGUCUCAUCUAUCUAAUAAUUAUUCAGCAAAUAAGUAUGGUUAUCUUGGGACACCUGAACAGCAUAAAUUGCCAAAUAACAUGAAUAUUCCUCUUCCUGGUGAGAUUUCAUCUUCCAGUGACAAAUCCACUCUCACAAACAAAAAAGAAACAGUGUCACGAAAUAUAAACGAGGAUAGUAUAAUGGCUGGUCUAAAAUAUUUGAGAGAAAAAUUUGAAGAAAAUCACAACAAGUAG